ACAGGCUCCAGUUUGACGAUAAUUGCUUUUAUGGAGCCUUGAAAAGUGUUAGCAUUCGUGGUACAAAUAAAUAAUAUACGUAACUGAUGCUUUACAAAGCGAAAGCGAUUCGCAUUUCCUUUACUUAUCUGAAAUUGCGAUUCUAAAAUUUGGCAGCCAAUUUUGAAGCAACAAAUCUGCACGUAAUAUAAGAUAAAUGCAUGAUUAAAGACAGCUGAAAUUAAGUAAACAGUAGCAGCAAAGUUGUAUUAUUACGACAUUUCUAAUUUUGCUUUGAAACAAAUCUUUGCAAGGUGCCGCUUUAAGUAGCUGUGUAAAAAGUGUCAUGUCUUUCCAUAUUUUGAAUGCUUGGACAGAAUCAAAUAGUGUCACUAAAGCGUAUGCAUAAAUAGGUUGACAUUGUUUUAAAAUGCUCCUUUUGAAACAGACAUUAUCAUGUUAAAAAUAAUAAGUAAUGAAUGGACUUAAUAGUAUCACAUAUGAGUUGAAAUGUUCAAGGGAAAGAUGUCAGUAGAAAGAUAUAUUUGUGACUUUACGGUAUUCAGACUAGGGACCACAUUUUAUUCGAUCUUUGUAGUGAUCGUAUUGGGCGUUAAUUUACUUCUAGUUAGUAAGUCGAACUUUGGUACACCUUGCACAACGACGCUAAACAAAACAUUGGAAGACAACCUAAAGAUCAUACAAAACUACCCAUCUGGAGAUGCAGACCAAUAUCUAAUAGUAAAUGAUGCAAACAAAUCUAAUCAUCAAAUAAAACGCCAAAUACCCGUUUUUGUAACGGCAUUUGAUUACACACACUACAGAGAAUCCGAAGGUCUUUUUAAAUCUUUACAUGAACGAUUUCUGUCAAAUCAAAAGUAUAAAAAAGAUAUGGUUAUCAUUGUGUACGAUCUUGGACUGACUUCAUCUCAAGCGAAAAUGGUACAGAGAAACUGUAAAUGCGAGUUUCGACGGUUUCCUUUUGAAGAUUAUCCGCCGCAUGUUAGAACACUGCGCACAUAUUCCUUCAAACCAAUAAUUGUGAAUCUUCUUUUGAUGGAAUAUGAUUUUGUAUGGUGGGUUGAUACUUCCGUGCGUUUUGUAACAGAUGAUAUGGAUACGGCGAUAGAACAAGCUAUUUUACACCGUAUUCUUUAUAAAGUGUCACCAGACAAGCAAACUGUUGGUACUCUGAUAAAAAACACAAUGGCGGGAACAUUUCAGUUUCUUAAAGAGAACAUCUGCAAUUUUAAACAAUUUAAUGAGGUAUUUGCUACGGCACUGGUCUUUCAUGCAGAUCGUAUAUCACUCGUUGCUGUCCAAGCAUGGGUGAAAUGUGCAUUAAACGAAGGCUGUAUAGCACCAUAUGGAAGUCAACUGAAACACAGAUGUGAUUUAUCAAAUGAUUAUGAAGAACGUUGUCACAGAUUUGACCAGUCCGUUAUUGGUAUCAUUAUACGCAGACUUUUCCAGGAACAAAAUGAUAACUUUCUUCACGGUGAUCUUUAUCAUGUUAAACGAGGUGACUAUGUUUCAUAUUUUAAAUAAAUAUGAUAUGGUAUCUGACCAUGGAGGCCUAUUAUUAUUAUUAUUGUUAUUAUUAUUUUUUUGAAACCGAGGUUUUGCAAGAAGCUUGGAACGAAAUUUUUAAAGGAUCCUUAAUCCAAUUACAAUCUAAAGACUAAAUUAUUACUCGUUUCAUAAGCUCUCUGUAAGAGGCACAGUUAAACCGAACGUUGCUAUCAUUUUUGCUUGGUACCAUAUCAUUUAUUUACAAAUUUUAUUGUUGUAUAGUUAGAACAUUGCGGGGACAACCGACAUUAAUUACAUGUAAAUAAACUUAAAUAUGACUUCAAUUAAACGGCUUAAUCAAAUAUAAACACAUAGUAAAUUCGAAUAUUAUCAAAAAGACAUAGAAAAGUUAAUAAUAUAAUCGUAGUAAGAUAGUGUUUUUUAUAAAAGUGUUCAAACGCAGAAAUUAUAUUUCUUUCAAUGAGGUAGUUCUAGUAUUAUAUCAAGCUUGAUCCUUUAAACAAGUUAAUAAAAACAUAAUAAAGACAAAAUAUUCUCGAGUACUGUAUAGCGGGCUAUUUCUACGGGUGCGAUAAUUCUCCGUUUCUGCUGUCUCUCGGUAUAAUCGCAAAAAUAUUUCCAACAAAAUUUUUAUCCAGGAAAAAUGUAAACCGCAAAAAAUCUGCAUUUUUUUACCAACUUGUUGCACGCUAUGUUACCCGAGGUAAUCCGAAGUUCACAAUGGGAUGGACUAAUUAUUCGACAUUACCGCCGUCGUCUAUCAAUUACCGAUAAUGGUAUAAUUGAGUGUGAUGGUCAAACAAAAUCCUAACUGUUAAUCCCACAGAUUUUUUUUUCAUGUUAUACAUUUUGCUAACAUAUACAUUUUCAAUUUACAUGUAAUUAUAUCUUACAUAUCUUCAUUCUAAGCAGAGUUUCUUUACAGCAGAUACCGGUAAUUUAGUUUCUUUGUUUUCCACGCGCUAGUAAU